UUACGUCGUUUGAUUGAACUUAGAAUUUGCUUAUGCGAAAAUUGAUCUACACCAGCAGGAAAAUAAGCAGCUGUGAUUGUUUUCGUUCCUCGUUCGAAAUCAUAACAAUAAACGCAUGAACAUACAGAAAUGAAAUAGGUACAUAAAUUAGAAUAAUGUUUCAAUCAAAUAUGAUCUUUAUAUACUGAGAAUGAGCACUUUCUUUUUAUAAUAAGGUAUUUGAAAGAACAUUAUAUCCAACUGUUUUGAUGCAUGUUUAUGUCUUUAAAUAAAGUGAGGUUGUGUACUUGAUUAUGUGAAAUGAUGUAAUUCAGAUCUGAUUUUCAAAACUCCUUAGCAGAAUAAAAGGGAUUUUGUGAAUGCAUUUCAAUGGAUCAAUACUUGUGGUUAAAAUCUUUACACUCUCAUGGACCAUCACUCAUAAAUUCUGUAGUUAAUGAUGCUGUUAUUGACUCACAAAAUCUAUCUAAAAAACAGAAAAUAUUCAACUUUAUAAAAAACAAGCAUGAAAUCUUAUUUCAAGAAAGACCUGCAGCAUUUCAAAAAUCACCAUCUUUUGAUCCUCUACCAGUUGAGCUUUUUUGGGAUUGCUCAAAGGAACAAAGAAGAAAAUUGUUCUUUAAACAUCUUGAGAGGGGUGAUGUUUUGUUAUUAAAAGUAAUAAAUGAUGGUCUGUCUGACAAUUACAAACUUCUAGUUCUUGCUAAACAUCAGUGCUGUAUGAAGUUGGAUGAUUUAUCAUUAGUUAUGUAUCUUCCAAAGUUAAAACAAGAGUUGGAUUUAGUGGCCGGAGGAGUAAUUAACUAUGAUGUAAUAAGAGCUGCUGUUUGUUCAUGUUCUCUCCAUGAACGUAAAUUAUUUGUUACACUUGAUGACACCAUUUUAGAUGAAGAUGCUGAGCCUGUUAAGCUUGGUAAAAUUACUACUGAUGAACUCCCAUCUUAUCUGGGUGAAUUGCAAGUUUCACAUUCAAGUUACAAAGCCUAUUGUCACCAAAGCUCUGCAUUUGUAGAUCCCAACUGGGCCAAUCAGCUAUAUGAUGUUCUUGGAUUAAAGAAAAACUACUUACAUUCUUUCUACAGAGAAUGGGAUGGAAAACAAUGUCCUGCAGCUGAAACUGGUAAAGUCAUAAAAAUGAAACACAUAAUGUGGCUUUCUGAUAUGCACUACAACAAAGCUGUAGAAUACUACCAAGCUCAAAACUUCACUCAAGCUAUACUAUGUUUGAAUCAAUCAUUGGCUAUUUAUCCACAGAAUAAAAAAGCACUUGUUUCCCGUGGAACAUUGUAUUUUAAAACAAAUAAUUUGAACAAGGCAUUUAUUGACACAGAUCAAGCUAUGCAGUUAGAUCCUUUAUAUGAACCAGCACAAAAACAAAUGUCUGUAUUGCUUGUUGAUGUUGCAAAAGAGCAUAAAAAAACUAAUAAGUUUGCUUUGGCUAAGGAAGCAUUAAGAAUGGCUAUUCAUUUGAAUGAUCUUAAUGAAGAAGCAAAACAACUGUUGCUGAAAAUAGAAGAGGAAGAAGAAGAAAUUGAAUGUCUUAAAAGCAAUAAAAUUUCUUUGAUUCCAACAAUUGUUAAUGGAAGUCCUACUAAAACUCAUAAACCAAGUCCUACAAAGAAAAAGAGGCGAAGGCACAGAAGUCGUCGUGAAGAAUAUGAAAGGAGGAAGCAGUUAAGACACAAGUCAAAAUCUGGAUCACCAAAGAGAAAAAAAUCAUUGCAAUCUGUUAUAAACAAAGUUGUAGCACCUUGAUUUACUGCUUAUUAUUGUAUAUUUGUAAAAUAUAUUGUAAAUAAAUUUAUUUGUAUGGUC